GCUCGAAAGACAUUAUAGUAAUUUUAUUUUAAAAAAAUUUAAGAUGAGACUUCAUUCAAAAGUAAAAAUAUAUAGAAAACCUAUUGGAAAAUUACAAAAAGGGGAAAAAAUAGGCAAUAAUGUCUUUACUAAACAAACUAGUGGCCCGACUAUAAUUGAAAAUGCUGCCGAGAAAGAAAAUAUUGGAGAAUUGCCGCCUCCAGACGUCUUGGAUACAGCUUUUGUAGAUCUUGAAGCCUUGGAUGAGAGCACGCUUAAUAUUUCUUCAGACAUUUCUCAAAGAAAAACGUUUCUUGAAAAUAAUUAUUUAAAUAGUAUUGAAGAAACUAUAAAUAAGGUUGAGAGUACCUGUUCUUCCCAAUAUUCUGAACUUUAUAAGCGUAAUGAUACGAAUGACAACGGCGAGAGCUUGUGUGGUAGUGCUCAUUUUAACUGUGAGGAUUUGUCUACUCCACUGAUAAAUCCAGAUACUUAUAGUAAUACAGUAUUAGUUAGCAAAGAAAAGUGCGAUAUUGCUAAUUUUAAUGAUAAGGAAACUACUAACUUGACUAAUAACUACGCUCAGGUAGCUAAUAUUGUAAAUAACAUAAAAGAUGGACCUUGUAAAGUUAGCAUAUGCGAAAGUUAUUUACAGGAUGAAGUCGACUUAUUAACUUUAGAAUCUUCAAGUGGAAUUAAUAACCUUUUUUUAAAACACGAAUACCACGAUUCUCUUUGGGCUGACGCUGAAGUAACCACACCAGUAAAUACUACGCUGCUUAAUAAUUGCAGAGAAAGAAAAAGGAUUUCACUUGAACUUCCUUCAGUUUUUCAUAAUGUAGUGAAGAAAAGAAAGUCUAUCGGUAAACUGGUUAAGGUUUCUUGCCUGGAAAUUAGCGAGGACGAUUACUUGCAGUCUUCGUUGUUUAGUGAGUUUCAAGACCACCUGACAGCUUUGGAGCUACUAAUAGAUGAAUGCGACCAAGAGGAAGUUACAAGCUUGGAAGAAUACUUUUGUCGCCUUACCUCGAUUAAAAAGGUUGGCGAAGGAUCCUAUGCAGAAGUUUUUAAAGGAACAGUCAUAAGCAGCAAGGAUGUAUUUUGCAUUAAAGUUAUUCCUCUGUCAAAUGACUGUCGCGUAGCAAAGACACCCGCUGAAAUGCGCGUAGAGCUGGUGGUUACCAAAACUCUUCAUCGACUUUAUUCUCAGGCACCUAACUUUGUGCAGCUGUUAAGAGCGGUGAGUAGUUAUCAAGUCUGCUGUGGGCCUUAUCCAGCAUUGUUAUGCCAAGCAUGGGAAGAGUGGGAGAGUAACAAUGGUUCUGAAAAUCCUAAUCCGAUUUUUUUUACAGAAGAAAACGUUUUUGUGGUCCUUGCGAUGUGCUAUAAAGGCCCUGACCUAGAGAAAUACAAAUUUAACAAUCCUUUAGAGGCUCUCAGCUUGGUCCUACAAGUCGUGUGUUCCUUAGUUGUAGCGGAAAGGGCUCUUAACUUUGAGCAUAGAGAUCUUCACUGGGGAAAUGUGCUCAUUUCCAAAACCCAGAAAGAAACGCUGCAAUAUUUUGUGAAUAAUGAAGUACUCAUUGUCGCUACUCACGGCAUUGAGGCCACAAUUAUCGAUUUCACGCUCUCUCGACUGGAGACGAGUGAACUUGCAACUUUUUUUAUUAAAGCUGCUUUAUAUAACUUUCCUUGUCGAUCAGACGGUAAUAUAUAUUACUACGCCUUGGAAGACGAAGGAUUUUUUACGGGCGUAAAUGAUAUUCAAUACGACGUUUAUAGGAAAAUGCGUUCGUUAAACGAUAAUAACUGGAAAGACUUUAACCCCGCAACGAACGUUUUGUGGGUCCAUUACUUGCUUUACAAAAUUAUUAAUGAAAAAAAGUUGAGUCGAAAAAAAUCGAGAAAUCAAAGGAAAAACUUAAGAAUAUUUAAGCGAUUUUUGGAUGAAAUUGUAGACUAUAAGUCACUGUAUGAAGUUAUUUUUAAAUCUGAAUUUUCAAGGAGAAUGGUAACGAUGAACGAAUUAAUUAUUGAAAAUACCUCAAACUAGUCAAAUGCAUCAACUU